AUGCCACGAACUCAUCGCAUUCGUUUUGUUCCAGGCCUCAAAAGGAAUCCUCCCCCCGCCCCGGAGAGCCCUGACUCAAUGGGGGAGCCAACCUUGACCCCUCAAUCAAGGUCAGAGUCUUCAUCACCCAAGAUGUCGAGAAGCAAGCAUAGCUGCAAAGAAUGCAAACAGCGUCGCGUAAAAUGCGACGAGGCCUACCCUGUUUGCCUUCGCUGCCAACGUCGUGGCUCUGUCUGUCUGUCUGCCUCGCCGCCGACACAAUGGCAGGCUGAGAUGCCGUGGGUCAUCUCGAAGCCCAUGCAGGAGCUCGGCACUGGGGCCGUGGCACCCAAUAAGCGGCUGCUGCAGUACUGGCUCGAAAAGACAAGCCGAAUUAUGACUGUUCGGCCAGAAAACAAUCCUCUCUCAUUCCCUCUACUUCAAUAUCUCAUGUCGACUCCUUCCUUGUUGCAUGCCGUCCAGAGUGUCAGUGCUGGUCAAGAGCAGUUCUUUCAAUCCUCAAAUCUGGGCCCUUGUCUCACGCAACGAGGCAUGGCUAUACAGGCACUGCGCCACGAGAUCCAGGACCCUGCCCGGAUCAAACCAUCCUCUAUUCUGGCUGUUUUCCUCCAGGGUGUGUCGUGGACGUGGACAGAGGAUCAUCCUUGUGACUAUGGAAAACAGCAUCUUCGCGGGGCUCGGGUGCUUCUUGAAAAUAUGCUGGUGGACAAGGAGAAACGGCAAGACCCUCUGGUCCAAUUCAUGCUUGGCUGGUAUCUCUACUGGGAUAUGUCCUGUGCUUUCAUUGCAGACCGGUAUGAUUUAUCGCCUCUCAACACGCAGCAAUUGUUUGAUGCGAUCCAAGACGCACGAGACUCGUUCCAUCCUAUGGUAGGUUUCAAUGCCCAAUUAUUCUACUUGAUCGCCUGUGUCGGCCGCCAUUGUCGCUUGGUCAUGGACACAGGCGCAAGGGACCCUUCUCUCGAGGCUACGUUUGAGGAGCAGCUGCUGGCUUGGGAUCCCCAACACGAAGACAAAACGCUUGUGGACAUGAGCAUAGCGUAUCGAAACCACGGGCUCAUCAUGCUCUAUCAGAUCUGCGGAAAUCCUAGACUAGCCUCAAGCCCGACCGAGCUUGUGAAUGCGACCAUAGACGAAAAUACCCACGCGCACAUUCAAGACCUGGUCGUGGACACUCUUAGACGUCUGUUUGACACACCAAUCGAUGCGGCUUGCUUCAGCUUCCACUCCAUACCUCUUCUCACUGCUGCAGCCGAGCUACCUCGGGAGCAACUCCAUGAUCGAUCCACUGUAGUAUACAGAUUCAAAGCGCUCUACUCCACUAACAGGGUGGCUGUCAAUAUGUGGGCUAUCGAGCUGUUGGAGGAGCUUUGGGACCUUCAUGACUGCGGAAUUCAUAUCUCAUGGCUCGAGCUGCUAAAAACAAAAGACUGGACAUUAAGCUUUGCGUAA